UUUUCCGGAAGCAGAUAAGCACAUUGUGGCAGUCAAAGAUUCUGGUUAGAAACAUGGCACAAUCAGACUUACCUAAACACAAUGCGUCGUCUUAUUUAGCAGAGGCACAGUUGAUUAAACAGGGUGCUGAAGCCCGUGUCUAUAGAGGCAGGCUUUUGGGCCGGUCCGUAAUUAUUAAAGAGAGAUUCCCAAAAUUAUAUCGCCACCCUGCUGUCGAUGAGAAACUGACGCGCCGCAGAACCACGCAGGAGGUGCGAUCCAUAUUGCGCUGCAGGAGGGCAGGUAUUAACGCACCAGUUGUUUAUUUUGUUGACUACACCACCCACUGCAUCUUCUUGGAGGACAUUGUUCACUCAGUAUCUGUAAGAGACCACAUUGUAUCAGCUCAAGCAUCAGGAGAAACCACAGAACAUCUCCAAACUCUUGCUGACAAGAUGGGUGAAAUCCUGGCUCAGAUGCACAAUGAAGAUGUUGUCCAUGGUGACCUCACAACAUCCAACAUGCUUCUGGUCAAUGGAGCUGAGAACAAAAACAUCAACCUGGUUCUGAUUGACUUUGGGUUGAGUUUCAUCUCUGCCCUGCCUGAGGAUAAAGGUGUUGACUUGUAUGUGUUAGAGAAAGCAUUUCUCAGCACUCACCCCAAUACAGAGGCUCUGUUUAAAAGACUUCUGAAAAGUUACACUGCUUCAUCCAAAAAGGCCCCUGCGGUCAUCAAAAAAUUGGAUGAGGUUCGGUUAAGAGGUCGGAAGAGGUCUAUGGUUGGGUAACAUGCAGUAGUUAUUGUCUGCCAUGAAACGGUGUCACUAGAACAUUCAAUGUUUGAUGUUGAAAAAGGUAUAUGUGUCAAUUAGAUUGACUCAUUCUUUGUUGUAACACGCAGAACAUAAUAAUGAAGUAGCAUAAUAGAACAUUAUAAUAAACAAAGGUUUUAUUCUCA